UGUGUGAAAACAUGGCGAAGAGAGCGGUACAUGUAGCGGUGAUAUUCAUUUCUUCAACACAUUCUUUCACCGCAAUAUGUUUGUCUGUUUUGGUGGCUUUUGCAGCAUUUGAAACAGUACAUUGUGACAGUGUUUUCAGUGCAGGACACACGGCUACAGGACCGAUCGGUGCCGCAAAGGAUCUACGGUACCUGUUGUAUGAUGUGAACCCUCCAGAGGGUUUUAAUCUCAGGAGAGAUGUCUACAUCCGCAUGGCCUCCCUGGUGAAAACUCUGAGGAAGGAGGGUGAUGACUGGGUCCUGGUGCUCCCUCCGUGGGGUCGCCUUUACCACUGGCAGAGCCCUAACCUCCACCAGAUCCACAUCCCUUGGGGAGAGUUCUUUAGCCUCACUAGUUUGCAGGCCAACGUCCCUGUCAUUGAAUAUGAGGAAUUUAUAGCUGAGAAUGGUGGCCCAUUCAUUGACCAAGUCUUGAUUCUCCAAAAUUAUGCUGAGGGGUGGACAGAUGGAAAAUGGGAGGAAAAAGUUGAUGAGCGGCCGUGCAUUGAGAAACUGAUGUACAACAAAGAUAAACAGGGCUAUUACAGAGGCUGGUUUUGGGGCUAUGAGGAGACAAGAGCUCGGAAUGUAAAAUGUCUAUCAGCUCAAGGUCACGCUUCUAUUAUGGCCCCGGUUCUUCAGAAAAACAUUACAGUGACAUCAGUUAUGCUUGACCGAGCAGAGACACUCCUCCAUGAUCAUUAUGCUGGGAAGGACUACUGGGAUACCCGCCGCAGUAUGGUGUUUGCCAAACACCUGCGCCUCAUAGGAGACGACUUCAGACAAAAGUACCUGAACUCCACAGAUGAAAAAGACCAUACCAUAUACAGCGAGGACUGGACCCGCAUGAAAGCUAAACUGGGCUCGGCUAAAGGUGGGCCAUAUCUGGGGGUUCACCUGCGCAGGAAAGACUUUAUCUGGGGUCACAGAGAGGACGUCCCCAGCCUUAAGGGCGCAGUCAAAAAAAUCCGCAGUUUGAUGAAGAAGCACAAACUUGAUAAAGUGUUUCUUGCAACAGAUGCAGAUGAAGAAGAACUACGGGAGCUUAAAACGUUGUUGCCAGACAUGGUGCGGUUUGAAGCAUCUGCAGAGGACCUGGAGCUGUUUAAAGAUGGUGGAGUAGCCAUUAUUGACCAGUGGAUCUGUGCCCAUGCAAGAUUCUUCAUAGGAACAUCUGUGUCCACUUUUUCUUUCCGAAUUCACGAGGAGAGGGAGAUCCUUGGUUUUGACCCUAAAACUACCUACAAUCGCUUCUGCGGAGACUCGGAGAAAGAAUGCGAACAGCCCACACACUGGAAAAUUGUUUAUUGAUGUGACUUUUGACUCUGAAAAACACACACAAGUGCCAAAACAGUGUUAAGAGUGACAUUUAUCAGUAUGGAAUCUUCAAGUUAUUAAGAGUCUUAUGGUGUAUUUUUUACUUUGAGUUGAAAGAGUUGUGCAAUCAGGUCUUUACUGACCACUGUGACUGAACCUUAGGGUCAAAAAGCCAAGGCUGAGCUGCCAAACACAUAUUACUGUAUUAAAUAUGUUCCAAACAUGCAAACAUUCAGUACGAACAAACACCUGUGUUUUCUAGUACAGGAUUGCUUGUAUGCUGAAUAUGAUAUUUCUUUAUUUGUUCAUUUUUCUAAUGAUUAUUUACCACUGAAAGUAUUUUAAGGUUGCAACAUAUAGUGUUGUUUUAUCCAUUUAACACUAAAUUUAAAUGAUUAUAUUUAGUGUUGUUCCAAGAUGUUGAGCAUCUAAAAUGCCUUUUUUAAAAACAAAAAUAGAAGAAAAGAUGUCUGUGAAUUUGAAGUGGGGUUUUUUUCACUGUUAUUUUGUAGAGAGUGCAGCCUGUGCCAACAUUUUAAGUCAUAUUUUUCAUAUUUUAUCUUAAUUAAAUGAAUUAAGUGAAUCCUCAAAAGCAAAUACUUCUGUGAACAGCAAUGCACCACAGAUUUUUUUACAUUCACGCCUGAUGGAUUGUUAUGAAAAGCAGUCUUUCCUUCAGUAUUGUCUUGUCAAAGCACAGGUUACAGAUGUGUAACAGUCAAGCACAACAGUCACUCCUCUUACUGUAUAAAUGGUUGGUCAAGUCACGAAAGUCAUUACGAAAGCAUACCUCAGAUGGUUUCCAUGAAUGGGAAUGUCAGACAAGUAUGUAUGGUCACUUUACGUAAUACAAGUACAGUAUGGAAACUUUAAAUGAUGCAGUUCAGGCCACAAGAACGCAUGAAUGUAGUGACAGUAACACCAGGAUGUCAUAAUGUCAGUGUAUUCCAUUUACUGUACCAGAGGUUUGUAAUAUUCACCAUGUGAACAGCCAAUUUUGACCCAAAACAGCAGGAAAAAAAUGUGUGUGAAAGAAACAGUUAACUACAAUAAAGAAAGCAGUUGAGUUUCUUAAAAAAAGAGCAUGUCUAUAGGGGGCACUAUUUACAAAACAGCGAACUAAUUCACAAUUGGAGAAAAAAAAAAACACUGGUUUUUGUAUGUGAAUAAACACAUGAUGAACAAAUUGUAACUUGAUUUUUGUUUGAUAAAACGUAAAAAAAAAAAAAAAAAUCUUCACCGUCUGAACAGCCAAUUUUGACCUGAAACAGUAUGAAAAAAAGUAUGUGAAAGAAACUUUUAACGACAAUAAAGCAAGUAGUUGUGUUUCUUAAAAAAAAACAAAAAAACAUGUCUAUAGGGGGCACUAUUUCCUCAACAUAACUAAUUCACUAAUGGAGAAAAAAACACUCCAUUGGUUUCUGUAUAUGAAUAAACACAUGAUGAACAAAUUCCAAAUUGAGUUUAUGCUAUUGGCUUUGGCCAAAAAAGACUCCAGGCCCUAAUAUGACAUAUGACAGAUUUUUAUGUGAUAAAAUGUAAAAAACAAAAAAAACAAAAAACAAAACCUUCACCAUCUGAACAGCCAGUUUUGACCUGAAACAGAUGAAAAAAAGUAUGUGAAAGACACAUUUAACUACAAUAAAGAAAGCAGUUGAGUUUCUUAAAAAAAAACAAAAACAUGUCUAUAGGGGGCACUAUUUCCUAAACAUAACUAAUUCACUAAUGGAGAAAAAAAAACUCCAUUGGUUUCUGUAUACGAAUAAACACAUGAUGAACAAAUUCCAAAUUGAGUUUAUGUUAUUGGGUUUGGCCAAAAAAGACUCCAGGCCCUAAUAUGACAUAUGACAGAUUUUUGUGUGAUAAAAUGUAAAAAAAAAAAAUCUUCACCAUCUGAACAGCCAAUUUUGACCCAAAACAGUAGAAAAAAAGUAUGUGAAAGAAACAUUUAACUACAAUAAAGAAAGCAGUUGAGUUUCUUAAAAAAAAACACA